AUGGCGUUGAGUAUAACGCCUUCGUCAAGGAUUGCAGAUCCAGCGUGGCAUGCGCCACACUGGCAGCACGGACGCCUCAGAGCAGUGCCUGUGCAGCAAGAUCCUGCCUUGGCGGUAGCGGCUGUGGCGGCUGUGACGGCCGCCGCUUGCCGAAGGCGAUGGUCGCGAUUGCCUUGUGCAGCUGAGCCGGCUGAGCCAGCCAUCAAAAGCGGCUUCCUGGCUUUCCCAGACUCGUUUGUGUUUGGGGUGGCCACGUCGGCAUACCAGAUCGAGGGGGCUUCCGACUCGUAUGGCCGAAAGCCAUCCAUCUGGGAUGAUUUUGCUCAUAGGCCUGGCACUACAAGCAAUGGGGCCACGGGAGAUGUGGCCUGCGACCACUACCAUCUGUUCAAGGAGGACGUAGACCUUAUGUCCAAGGUCAACAUCAAAGCGUACCGCUUUUCAAUCUCAUGGAGCCGAAUUCUAGACGGAAGUGGCCGCAUCAACGAGGAAGGGAUUCAGUUCUACUCGGACCUGAUUGACAGCCUCCUUGCAGCAGGCAUCGAGCCUUGGGUGACUUUAUACCAUUGGGACUUGCCCGCGGCUCUCGACUGGUUGGGACCCAAGGACUCCAUUACAUCGGCUUUUUCGACUUAUGCCCGCACCUGCUUCAACAGCUUCGGCGAUCGAGUGAAACGUUGGAUCACGCUAAAUGAGCCGUGGUGCAGUGCGGUGUUGGGCUACAACACGGGUGACCAUGCUCCUGGCCACACCGAUUCGGCUGACAGUGCACCGUACAUUGCAGGUCAUCACAUGCUCCUGGCGCACGCGGAAGCGGUGCGGGUUUUCCGCGAGGACUUUGCACAUCAGAAGGGUCAGAUCGGCAUUUCUCUGAAUGCCGACUGGCGUCAGCCAAUGGACGGCACCAGCGAGGCUCGGCAUGCCGCUCGCCGGGCCAUGGACUUCUCUCUUGGCUGGUUCGCACAGCCAGUGUUUGAGGGGGACUAUCCAGAAUGCAUGAAGAAAGCUUGCGGUGAGAGGCUUCCAGCCUUUACGCCUGGAGAGUCAGCACUUCUUCGAGGUUCGGCUGACUUCUUUGGUCUGAAUUGCUACAGCGCCAAUUUCGCCAAAGCUGCGCAACAGCCGCCGGAGGGCUCGGGCUAUUGGAAUGAUAUUGGCGUGGAGUGGUGGCACACGGAUCCAGAUUGGGAGAGAUCUGAUAUGGGUUGGCCGAUUGUGCCGUGGUCUCUGCGAGAGAUCCUGCUAUACAUUCAGAAGCGCUACCGACCAACUGGUGGGAUCUUCAUCACAGAGAACGGGUGUGCUUGCGAAAGUGACGAGUCAGCAGAUCUCGAUUGCAGGCCAGAUGCCCUCACACCGAUGGAGGCAGGUGAUGCUUGGAGGCAAGAAACAGAUUUUGUUUUCGAAGACCCGGAGCGUGUUCGCUUCUUCAGGGCUCACUUGAGUGCUGUGCACGCGGCCAUCUCCCACGGAGCAGAUGUCCGUGGCUACUUUGCUUGGUCCUUCCUGGACAACUUUGAAUGGGCUGAAGGCUAUACAAAGCGCUUCGGAAUUGUCCGGGUGGACUUCCCAACUCAGGAGCGAACACUGAAGUCAUCUGCGCGCUUUCUUGCCGAGGUCUUUAAGGCAAGUGGUCUUGAAGCCCCUUCCAAGGAGGAGCAGUAUGGCGGCAGAACCUUCUGA